AUGAUUUAUAAAGGAGGAUGUCAUUGUGGCGCAAUACGCUACGAGGUUACUGUUGAUCAGAUUGCUACUGACGAUCGUUCAUUGGAAGUGGUUGAUUGUAACUGCUCAAUAUGCACAAAGAAAGGAAUAAUACAUCUUAUCGUACCCAAGAGCAAGUUCAACAUGACAUCUGGACAUGAUUCAUUGGCAACCUAUACAUUCAAUACACAUGUGGCCAAGCAUCACUUCUGCUCCAAGUGUGGCAUUUGUACACAUUAUAUUCCCCGUAGCAAUCCUGAUGGCGUCGAUGUCAAUGUCAGAACAUUCGAUGAUUACUACACCACCAAGUUCGCAAUCACCAAGUUUGACGGACAACAUUGGGAGCAGGGAGCGCACGAGCUGUCUCACUUGUCAAAGGAGUAG